ACUCUCUCUUAUCUCCAUAAAUGGAAUCAAAAUAUUACACACGAAGAGCCUUAUAUAAACACACACACUCACAUCAGAUAAUUCCAUUAUAUAUGUUUGUAAGUAAGAAAUUAAAGCUUUUCUAAAGUAAAAAAAUUUUAGAAAAAAAAACCCAUGACGAUGAAGACGGAAUGCAUCGGCGAAGAAGUGAUUAAACCAUUUUCACCAACACCGAAUCAUCUCAAAACCUUUCAUCUUUCUCUCUUUGAUCAAUUUCUUCCACCAACUUACCAAACCGUUGUUUUGUUCUACGACAAAGAAUGUGGAUUUGAUCAAGCUAACCCAAAAGAAGAGGUAGCAAGAAUUAAUUUGAUCCAAACGCUCAAGAACUCUCUCUCACACACUCUCACUCGUUUCUACCCGCUCGCUGGACGGAUCCAAGGCGUCUCCGUCGACUGCAACGAUGAAGGAGUUCUGUUUACUGAGGCACGAGCCGAUGUACCUCUCUCGGAUGUCCUAAGUAACCCUCGUUCUGAUUUGCUUCAGCAACUCAUAGCUCCUUUGAAAGUGUCUAAUCCAGGUACGUGGCCGCUGUUGCGGGUCAAGGUCAGCUUCUUUAGAAACAAGGGAUUUUCAGUUGCGGUUGGCGUUUCUCACAAAAUCUGCGAUACGACUUCUUUGGGCACGCUGAUUUGCGACUGGACCAAUGCCGCAAAAGGGCACGUUCUGACCGUAAAUCACGAUUUCGAAUCGCCGGUUUUCUACCCUCCUGGUGAUCUUUCUAUCAAUUUUCCUCCGAUUUUGGAACGAACGAACACUUUGACAAGGAGAUUUGUAUUUGUUCCCUCCAAGAUUAAAGAUCUCAAAAGCAGAGCUUCAAGCAAACUUGUGACCCACGCUACCCGUAAUGAAGCCACCUCAGCUCUUCUCUUCAAAUGUAUGAUGAAGGCAGCUCAAUCCAAAUCAGACGCGGUUGUAACGCAGACUAUGGACUUGCGGGCUAGGGUUCCUUCUACUUUCUUGUCACGCAAGGAAACUGGUAAUUUCUUCUUUUUAUCUACUCUAAAAGAGAACACAGAGAAUGAGAUUGAUAUCCAGGAAAUGGUGUUCAAGCUAAGGAAUACUAAGAAGGAGCUCGAUGAGCUGAUCAAAGAAAACUCGGAUCAUGUGGGUGAGGGACUCAUGAGCGCGAUGUUGAGCACGUUGUACGAGAUGACUCCUGAGACAGAGACGUAUGUAGUGACUAGCUGGUGUGGAAUGCCCUUUUACGGGUCGGAUUUCGGUUUGGGAACUCCGGUUUGGGUCGCGGCUGAUUCGAUUGACAAGACGCAGGUUGUGUUGGUGGAUGCAAAUGAUGGUGAAGGAAUUGAGGCGUGGGUUACAUUACCUGAAGACGACAUGUCUGCGUUCGAACGUGACGAGGAGUUGCUCGCUUUUGCAUCUACCUAAGCGUGUUAAAGUUCUGUUUCUGCAAUUAUAAGUUGGUUAAAAAAUAAUUAUGUAAAAUGUUUGUGUAAUAUUUGGUAUUUAUGUUAUGUACCAUAUUUGUGGCCAUGUGGACGAUUCAGUCGCAGUAAGUUACAUGCACUUAAUAAAAUACUUAGAGGUUGAAGAAUAAAGAGGUUUAUGAUCUUUUUACCAAGUAA